AUGAAGAAGCAUGGAGAGUGCAAAAGCCCACCUUCAGAGGGAGGCAAUGUACUCUAUGUCAUGGGAAUGAAGUCCCUCCGUAUCGAGGACAAUCGAGGUAUCGCCCAUGCUUCACAUCUAGCUCAAGAGAGGAAGAAGGCGGGUGGGAAAGGAGCGGGCAACUUGAUUGUCAUCUUCUUCAUCUCUCCAACUGACUGGAAGAUGCAUGACCGUGGACCGAGGAGAAUCGACUUCGUGCUUAGGAACCUGCGAGAAAUCAAGAAGCAGCUCGACGAGCUCAAUAUCCCCCUGAUGGUGUACACCUCUCCUUCGCGGAAAGACAUGCCAAAGACACUCAUCGAUUUCGCCAAGCAAUGGGAUGUCAAGGAGAUUGUGGGCAAUGUCGAAUACGAAGUUGACGAGUGCUGGCGGGAUGUGGCUAUCCUCAAAGCGGCGGGAGAAGCGGGGCUGUAUGCCACUUUCCUAGAGGAUACGUACGUUGUGCCUGCUUUCCACCUAGAGACCAAGACUGGACACCAGUAUGCCGUUUUCAGCCCUUGGAACCGGGCAUGGACUGCCCAUAUCGAGAAGAAUAUGCAUCUGAUCGAUGAGUCGCCCUCGCCUGAAGCGAACGACAAGGGCAUUCGCACCGGAAAGCUAGGUAACCUUUUCGAUCGACAGGGCGAAGGUUUUGGCAUUCCAGAAUACGUCGAGGGCUACGAGUGCAAGGAUGCAGAGUACAUGCGUAAACUCUGGCCUGCAGGAUCUCACUCUGCCCGAAAAGUUCUGUCGAACUUUGUGAGGGGUAAAGGAGGGGAGAGUGCAUUUGAGGACCGAGCUUCCGAAUUGGGACACAAGCAGGUUGCGCCUGAUUCGAAAGACUCGAGGCUGAAUCGGUACGGCAUUGGACGUAACUUGUGCUCGGAGAAUGGCACAUCGAGGUUGUCGCCGUACCUGGCUGCGGGUGUCAUCUCGCCCAGGGCUUGCUUGCGAGCAACGAUGGAGGUGGAUAAGAACAAGUUCAAGGUGGGCCGAUCGACGGGUACCGAGACGUGGAACACAGAGAUCAGCUUCCGUGACUUCUACGCGCACGUCCUAGCCGCCUUUCCCCGCGUUUGCAUGAACCACUUCUUCGUUCAAAAAUACGAACGAGUCUGUUGGGAGUACGAUGACUCCCUCUUCCAAGCCUGGACUGAAGGUCGUACUGGCUACCCAUUGGUAGAUGCCGCUAUGCGCCAAGCAUCCCAGCAGGGUUACAUGCACAACCGUGGUCGUAUGACCGUAGCUUCCUUUCUGAGUAAGCACCUCAUGCUCGAUUGGAGAAAAGGAGAGCGUUGGUUCAAUCAGAAUCUCAUCGAUCAAGACUUUGCAAGCAAUAAUGCCGGGUGGGCCUGGAGCUCCUCGUGCGGGGUUGAUCCACAACCUUAUUUCCGAAUCUUCAACCCUACUUCUCAAUCGGAAAAGUGUGACCCAAAGGGAGAGUAUAUCAAGCACUAUGUCCCCGAAUUGAGAUCAUUGGAGGGAGCAGCGGUACAUAAUCCAUUUGAGAGAUUGAGUAAAGGGGAAUUUGAGAAGUUGGGAUACCCGAAGCCGAUUGUGGUUCAUAAGGAGGCGAGGGAGAGGGCAUUGAGGAGAUUCAAAGAGCCGGGAAGCACGUAA